GGGCUUCAAAAUACAAUGCCCCAUUCAUUACCAUUAUCAAGCUAGAAAGAGCCAGGAUAGAAGAUAUUCAUACCUAGGAUGGCUUGAGGGUUAGUAAAUCAUGGGAUAAUUUUCAUUUUUGGGUGAACUAUCCCUUUAGACUAUCUUCACUUAUUUUUCUGAAUUUCUAGCUUGAAAAGUGUGUUUGUGCAAUGUUUCUUUAAAAUGUUUUUUUUUUUUUUUUUUUUUUGUAGGCCUAUCAAAUGCAAAGACAUUCUAACAUUUUUAAAUGUGACUGAAAUAGCCAAAUACAUCUUGUACUUAUUCCAACUCUCCUAGACUACUGGUUUCCACUCCUUCCUUCUUUCUGCUACACAAACACACAUGCGUGUUCUGAGGGUGUGUGUUCCUUUGAGGAUUUAUAGUCUUGACAAACAAACGGAAGGAGUGGAAGUCUCUGUCUUACAGGCUUUAAAGUCCCAAACGAAUAAUGAGAUCAGAACACAACAUGCCAUGAUGUGAUCUCUCUCUUUGCUGUGCCCUGUGACUUUCAAGUGGAUUUGAAGGCAAAGGCAAACAUGCUUUGAAUAUGGAAAAAUUUCUCCUAUUAUAACUUACAGAUCAGGAAGUGGGAUGGGUCGUGUGUACCUGAUCGAGCCGGCUGUUGGCAUGUAUGCGUUUGCCAUGUUUAUGGUCUACCCUCUGCUGCAGCAGUAUGUGUACCGUAGGCUGUGGUUUGAGCUGAGUGGCACAACCUACCCUGCAGAGAGUCUGUCUCACUGCUCAAACAACCACAGCUAUGUCACCAUACACCAGGCAGUGCAGAAGGAGACAUCGCUUUUCCUCCUCCAGAGUGAACUGUGCUUUCUCGUUCCCAGUCUCAUAUCCGCACUGCUCCUGGUCUCAUACAGUGACUACUGCGGGCGUAAAGUUGCCAUCGUUCCUCCUCUGGUGGGCGACACUCUGUUCUCCCUGAGCUACGCUUUGGUCAGUAGAUUCUCCUUCAGCCUCAAUUACCUGUUAGCUGCCUCCUUCCUAACAGGCCUGAUGGGCGGACCCGCCAGUCUGAUUGGUGGAUGUUUCGCCUAUGUGGCUGAUGUCUGCGGAGAAGAUCCAGAAGGACAGAAAACUGUCCGAAUGGCUCGACUGGACAUGAUUUUAGGGGUUUUGACUGGCUUAGCUUCUCUGUGCACUGGAUUCUACAUUGAAGCAGCUGGCUUCACUUGGCCCUUCCUCACCGCAGCCUGUGUGCAUCUGGUAAACCUCCUCUAUGUGCUGGUGGUUUUGAAGGAGUCCCUGGUUCUUCCAAAUCCCAUUCUGUCAAUGUCCAGCCCCUCAGCUUCAGAAGCCCCUCGGCUGCGACAGUCUCAAGCUCUUACCGCCCGUCUGCAGGGCGUCUACCUGCUCUUUGCGUCCUCCAAAAGGAGAAGGAAUGUAGUGCUGUUGCUCAUGCUUGCUGCUUUUGCCUUUUUCAGGCUAGCUCUCCAGGGUGGCAUGUCCAUCUUCAUCUUGUAUGAACUGAACACUCCUCUGUGCUGGAGUGAGGUGUUAGUGGGCUAUGGCUCGGCUCUCUCCACGGCCAUAUAUCUGGUGAGCUUUGCCGGUGUGGCACUGCUGUCCCGCUGUCUGCCUGAUGCCUACAUCAUCCUGCUGGGGUUGAUGUCUGUGGCAGCCGGCCUCAUCAUGGCAGCAUUUGCAAAGUCUACUCUGCUCAUGUUCCUGGUGCGGCUGCCUUUGCUGCUGUCCAUCAUGCCGACUCCUGUACUACGAUCCAUGAUGUCCAAAAUAGUGUCUGGAUCUGAACAAGGUGCCAUGUUUGCGUGUGUAGCCUUUGUGGAGAUGUUGAGUGUUGGUGUUUCAUUUACAAUGUUCAGCAGCAUCUAUGCAGCUACACUGUCCUGGUUUUCCGGGUUUACUUUCCUGCUGGCUGCAGGCCUCACUCUCAUACCAGCCACCCUGAUCUGUGUUAUUCUUUGUCUCCGUCUGGGUGUGUAUGAGGAAUCCAUCGUACUGACGCAGGACGGCAUGGAAAACCACACAGAAAUCUUUGAACUUCCACCAUGACAUGGACAUGGCAUGACAAUAGUGUCCUCUAGUGGAAAAUUAGAAAACAAUUACAUGAAUGGAGAGGUUAAAACUCAAGAACUCUGGUCUGAGCGUAGAUGUUCUUGUUUUCUUCUCGGGUCCUAAAUGAAUGUUCUUUAGGAUGAAGAACAGCUGAAAGAUAUUGUCAUUCUCAUUUGAAAAAAAAAAAAAAAAAAUGACUAAAGAAAUUUUGUUUUUACUGUAGAUUUUAUUUAAUUUCAUGCAUACUUGUAUAAGAAUAUAAAAUUGGCAUUUGAAAGUUGCAUAACACAUUGAUAUAUUUUCUGAAAUAUGAUAUUGUAUUUUUGAAAUAAA